AGCAACUCCCCUCGACUGAAACUUUUAAUUCGAGUUUUCAUCAAAUCAAUGGAAGCUCUGGUAUGCAGAAAGAUUGGAGAUCCAACUGUCCCCAUAUCAGAGUCGUCACCGAUCACCGUUUCCGCCUCUCAUCCCAUCCCAGCUUUGACUUCUCCGACCUCCAUUAGAAUACGUGUCAAAGCUACCAGCCUCAACUAUGCCAACUACCUGCAGAUACUGGGGAAAUACCAAGAGAAGCCUUCCCUCCCCUUCGUUCCGGGCUCCGAUUACUCCGGUGUAGUCGAAGCCGUUGGAAGCCAAGUCUCUAAGUUCAAAAUCAGCGAUAGGGUUUGUUCCUUUGCUGCCGUUGGGUCUUUUGCUCAAUUUAUCGUCGCCGAUGAGAAGGACCUGUUUUUAGUUCCUGAUGGAUGUGAUCUGGUUGCUACUGCUGCACUUCCUGUUGCAUUUGGAACUUCGCAUGUGGCUCUUGUUCAUAGAGCGCAAUUGAGCUCUGGUCAGGUCUUGCUCGUUCUUGGUGCGGCCGGUGGUGUAGGUCUCUCGGCUGUACAGAUUGGAAAGGUCUGCGGUGCUACCGUUAUUGCCGUUGCUAGGGGAGAUGAGAAAGUACAGUUUCUCAAAUCAUUGGGCGUGGAUCAUGUUGUUGACUUAAGCAAGGGAAGCAUUAUUGAAAAUGUGAGGCAGUUCCUGAAGUCGAGAAAUCUCAAAGGCGUUGACGUUCUGUAUGAUCCAGUUGGAGGCAAGCUUAUGAAAGAAAGCAUGAAACUGCUCAAAUGGGGUGCUAAUAUUUUGGUCAUAGGGUUUGCCAGUGGAGAUAUCCCUGUUAUCCCAGCAAAUAUUGCUUUGGUUAAGAACUGGACAAUACAUGGGCUGUAUUGGGGGAGCUACAAAGUACAUCGACCAGGUGUUCUUGAAGAUUCUAUGAAGGAGUUGCUUUCUUGGCUAGCAAGGGGCUUAAUAACCCUCAAUAUUUCUCAUACCUAUGCUCUAUCAGAGGCCAACCUUGCAUUUUCUGCAAUCAAGGAUAGGAAAGUCAUUGGAAAGGUGCUGAUUGCUUUUGAUGACAACCAAAUUGUGAGAUCGAAGCUCUGAAAGUUGUUACAAGGAAUCAGAGAAUGAUGGACGCACAGAAAAAUUACUUACAGUGGUUAAACCAUCUAUGCUCACCUGCUUCAAAAAGUUUUUACUUUAAAUUUAGCUGCUUUUGUAUGUGCUGUAGAGGAUAAUAAUCCCCCCUUAAUCAGAUAGAUCUACAGUUCAUCAGCAAGAUUGGCAAU